AUGGACACGGGCAAGCGUGUCGUUGCGAGGAUACCAACACGCAUUGCCCCACCACCACGGCUGACCACGAAUUCGGAGGUUGCUACCAUCGAAUAUUUACGAUGGAAGAUAUGUCUCCCAGUUCCGAAAAUCCUGGCAUGGAGCGAUGACCCUGCAAAUCCCACCAGGUCUGAAUACAUUAUUCAGGAUCAUUUUGAUGGCGUCCAGUUACAUGAACACUGGUCGCAGAUGGAUACAUCUCAGCAUAUGCUGUGCACAAAAGCUCUUUCUCUAAAACUUCAUGAGAUGGCAGGCUUGGACUUUCCAGCGUAUGGCAUAUCUACUUUGCCGAUGCACCCAUUGAAGGCGCGAGCUUGA